AAACAUGAAACAGUUUCUUGCAGGACACCAACAGCAGGCGAUCCAUCACUUUGAAACCUUGCUUAUCUUUGGUCUGUGAGCAAGGCUUUUAAGCACCAGAACACCAAGACAGUCAGACAGCAGGUGCCACAGGAUGGAUAAAAGCGGACAGAAGGUUCUACCCAGGGCUGUGGGAGGAGGAUGUAGGGUUCGAAGUAAACCAAACCUGGAAAUGAUAUGGGCUAUGAAAGCCUAUCAACAUGCCGAAAUUUAUUUCAAUCUUAUUUGUUCAGUUGACCCAAGAUUUCUCAAACUGACCAGAGAAGAUGAUCUGAUCUAUGAUGAGUUCAGGAAGCAGUUCAGGGACAUGAAAGUUGACAUUCUGGAUCAGGAGGAGUUAAAAUCGGAGGCGGCAAAACUUCAAUGGCGGCCUUUCUGCCUGCAGUUCGAAACCCUGGUCGAAGAUUUCAACUACGGGACGCUUCUGCGGCUGGACUGCUCGAAAGAUUACGUGGAGGAAAACACAAUAUUUGCUACCAGAAUUCAAUUCUUUGCCAUAGAAAUUGCCCGGAAUCGGGAGGGCCACAACACAGCCCUGUAUGAAAGUUCAACAAAAGGAAUCGCGGCCAGUGCUGAUGAGGCUUCCGCUAACCAAGAGGGAGCACUGGGAAAUUGCGCUGGAGAAGAGAGCGCUGCACAUACAUAGCUGAUUGGAAGGAUGGACCAGAUUGCCUGCAUCAUAUCCUACUGCUUGUCAGGAACUGGGACUGCUUCUGUUCACAGAAUUUAACCCAGAGCUCAGUGUUUCAAAGCUUCAGUCGAGACCAGACACAAGGUGCAGUAAUUCCUGUUGGAGGCAACUGGAAUAAUAUUGAAAACAAGUCUUCUUUAUCCCAGGGCUAUUGAAAGUUGCAAAGUUUACACAAACAGAGACCAUGAGCAAGUACUGGAAUGAGUACCUCCAUCAGCUUUCAACGACUGUAUAAUAUCAGACAUUUGACGAUAUCCCAUGGAAUGAAAGAGGCAGAUUAACACAGAUUUGAAGAUAC